AUGAAGGAUGAGCAGGCCCCGCAGACCCCGCAGAACUCGGAACGAGUCACUGUUCUCGGAGGAGGGAGCUUUGGACUGGCCAUGGCCUCCAUUCUCGGCAAGAAGAAGUACCCUGUCAAGAUCUUGGUCCGCACGCAGGAUGCAAUGGACUCUAUCAACAUCCAUCAUCGCUCGUCGACCUACCUCAAGGACGUCACUCUCCCUGACUCCGUCACAGCAACCUGCGACAAGGAAGAAGCGUUGAAGGACGCCACCUUGAUCAUCCAUGCUGUCCCCGUCCAGUACAGCCGCAAGUUCCUCAAGGAGAUGGCCCCCUACGUUCCCAAGGACUGCCCCGUCAUCUGCACCUCCAAGGGUAUCGAGACUGGGACCCUGUGCCUCAUGCAGGACAUUCUGAGAGAGGAGCUGGGGGAUUCCAGGGACUAUGCGUUCCUUAGCGGACCCUCGUUUGCUCGGGAGAUUGCCGUCGGGCUGGCGACAGCCGUCGUGGUAGCGAGUCAGUCGGACACACUUACCAACAGAGCGGCUGAGAUCUUCGGGUGCGAGAACUUCCGUGUCUUCACUAGCAAGGACGUCAUUGGCGUCGAGAUUGGAGGAGCAGUGAAAAAUGUGAUCGCGAUAGCUGCUGGAAUGUGCGAGGGCCUGGGGCUGGGAACGAACGCAGUUGCCGGCCUUGUAACGAGAGGAUGCCUGGAAAUGCAAACCCUGGCCCGAGCUGUUGGUGCGUCGCCUUCUACUCUGAUGGGAUUGAGUGGGGUUGGGGACACCUUCGGGACUUGCUUCGGGCCUCUCUCAAGAAAUCGUAACCUUGGCAUCCGCCUGGGUCAGGGAGAGAAGUUGGAGGACAUUCUCAGUAGCUCGACAGAGGUGGCGGAGGGAUACGCUACAGCGCUCUCCCUAGUGGAAUUCCUUCUGACCAAGAUGCCCCGAUCCUUCAGGAUGGACCUCAAGUUUCCUAUCUUGUUUGGCGUUGCAGAGGUGCUCAAGGGAGAGCGCAGCCCCCGCGAGGGUAUGAAGGACCUCAUGCUCAUGCCGAUCCGGUAG